AUGGAAGCGGAGGUCUCUGAGGAGGAAGGGUCUCCCUUGGAGGAAGAGCAGAAGGCGCAGGCCCAGGAGCGUGCCCAAGAGGCCGUCUUACACGGCAGUGAAGAGACGGUGCUGAGUCUUUGUGGAGGAGUGGAAACGGCUGCUGCCCCUGCCGUCCAGGAGGAGGUGGCUGUGUUUUUCACCGAGGCUGAGUGGGCCCUGCUGGAUCCAGACCAAAGAGAUCUCUACAGGGAAGUCAUGCUGGAGAACUAUGGGAAUGUGGCCUCUCUGGGUAAGGAUCUUUCAAAGGUGCGAAUUGCUGCCAUUGUGAUGAUGUGUGAAUCAAGAUAUGGAAAACAUCUAAGAACCCACACAGGGGAGAAACCUUUUGAAUGCUCAGAGUGUGGAAAGAGAUUCAGUCGGAGUAACUAUCUUCAACGGCAUCAGAGAACUCAUAGUGGGGAGAAACCGUUUGAAUGCUUAGAGUGUGGAAAGAGAUUCAGUGUGAGUUCCAGUCUUCAAAAGCAUCUCAGAACCCACACAGGGGAGAAACCUUUUGAAUGCUCAGAGUGUGGGAAGAGAUUCAGUGUGAGUUCCAAUCUUCAAAAGCAUCUCAGAACCCACACAGGGGAGAAACCUUUUGAAUGUUCAGAGUGUGGGAAGAGAUUCAGUCAGUGUGGCAGUCUUCAGAAGCAUUUAAGAACCCACACAGGGGAGAAACCUUUUGAAUGCUCAGAGUGCGGAAAGUCAUUCAGUCAGUGUGGCCAUCUUCAGUAUCAUCAAAGAACCCACACAGGGGAGAAACCAUUUGAAUGCUCAGAGUGUGGAAAGAAAUUCAGUACAAAUGGUGGUCUUCAACUGCAUAAGAGAACCCACACAGGGGAAAAACCUUUUGAAUGCUCAGAGUGUGGAAAGACAUUCAGUGUGAGUUCCAGUCUUCAGAAGCAUCAGAGAACCCACACAGGGGAGAAACCUUUUGAAUGCUCAGAGUGCGGAAAGUCAUUCAGUCAGCGUGGCCAUCUUCAGUCUCAUCAAAGAACCCACACAGGGGAGAAACCAUUUGAAUGCUCAGAGUGCGGAAAGAGAUUUAGUCAGCGUGAAGGUCUUCAUUAUCAUGAAAGAACCCACACAGGGGAGAAACCGUUUGAAUGCUUAGAGUGUGGAAAGAGAUUUAGUGGCAGUGGCAAUCUUCAACAGCAUCAAGUAACCCACAGAGGGCAGAAACCUUUUGAAUGCUCAGAGUGUGGAAAGACAUUCAGUGCGAGUUCCGGUCUUCAAAAGCAUCUCAGAAACCACACAGGGGAAAAACUUUUUGAAUGCUCAGAGUGUGGAAAGAGAUUUAGUGCAAAUUCCAGUCUUCAGUAUCAUCAGAGAACUCACACAGGGGAGAAACCUUUUGAAUGCUCAGAGUGUGGAAAGAAAUUCAGUCUGAAUGGCAGUCUUCAAAGGCAUCAAAGAACCCACACAGGGGAGAAACCUUUUGAAUGCUCAGAGUGUAGAAAGAGAUUCAGUCGGUGUCACAGUCUUCAGCAGCAUCAGAGAACCCACAGAGGGGAGAAACCUUUUGAAUGCUCAGAGUGUGGAAAGAGAUUUAGUUUGAAUGCCACUCUUCAGCAACAUCAGAGAACUCACACUGGGGAGAAACCAUUUGAAUGCUCAGAGUGCGGAAAGAGAUUUAGUCAGCGUGAAGGUCUUCAUUAUCAUGAAAGAACCCACACAGGGGAGAAACUGUUUGAAUGCUUAGAGUGUGGAAAGAGAUUUAGUGGCAGUGGCAAUCUUCAACAGCAUCAAGUAACCCACAGAGGGCAGAAACCUUUUGAAUGCUCAGAGUGUGGAAAGACAUUCAGUGCGAGUUCCGGUCUUCAAAAGCAUCUCAGAAACCACACAGGGGAAAAACUUUUUGAAUGCUCAGAGUGUGGAAAGAGAUUUAGUGCAAAUUCCAGUCUUCAGUAUCAUCAGAGAACUCACACAGGGGAGAAACCUUUUGAAUGCUCAGAGUGUGGAAAGAAAUUCAGUCUGAAUGGCAGUCUUCAAAGGCAUCAAAGAACCCACACAGGGGAGAAACCUUUUGAAUGCUCAGAGUGUAGAAAGAGAUUCAGUCAGUGUCACAGUCUUCAGCAGCAUCAGAGAACCCACAGAGGGGAGAAACCUUUUGAAUGCUCAGAGUGUGGAAAGAGAUUUAGUUUGAAUGCCACUCUUCAGCAGCAUCAGAGAACUCACACUGGGGAGAAACCUUUUGAAUGCUCAGAGUGUGGAAAGAGAUUCAGUCAGAGGGGCAGUCUUCAGAAGCAUCUAAGAACCCACACAGGGGAGAAACCUUUUGAAAGCUCAGAGUGCGGAAAGUCAUUCAGUCAGUGUGACCAUCUUCAGCAGCAUCAGAGAACCCACACAGGGGAGAAACCUUUUGAAUGCUCAGAGUGUGGAAAGAGAUUCAGUCAGUGUGACAGUCUUCAAAAGCAUCUAAGAACUCAUACAGGGGAGAAACCUUUUGAAUGCUCAGAG